CACUGGAGACUGGACUGGAGCUCAAGCACGCUCCGAACGAAACCACCUCCAGGAGUCGAGCCGUCGAGGUCGUCGCUGCCUGGUACACAAAUAUCACACACUGAUACCCGUCUUCUCUUCGUCUCUGCAUGUUAAUGUUAGUUCCGGGGUUGGUAUUUUGGUUUUCUCUUCAUUUUUUCUGAGAGAGGGGUUGGUGUUUUGGUUGGAUCGCGCCUGUGCUUGUAUACACUAGCAUUACAUUGUUAGAUGUGCAAGUGUGCUUGAACAGUUGAACUCGCUUUUACGUCCUACGUUCUUUAUUAGCUGUUCCCAUUGGUUCGGAAAUUCGUAGGUCGAUCGAUAUGUAUUUCGUCUCCAACAAAUCAAAUCGUGCUAAUCUGGAUUUUAUUUUAUUUUAUUUGAAAAAGCAUGGCUAUCUGUUUUGUACUUCUCCUUCCAUCGUCAACACUUUUCUAUGCCUUGUGCAGGCAGAUCGAGCUGGACUAUAUAUACCCUUGAAGUUGAAGUAUGAUGUCUGUGGUCAGCUUGGUGUAUGCCAGUAGUCCUCGCGGUAGCGGUUUUAUUGUUUACGCCAGCCCAGAAGCGUUUCUAGCCAUGACAUGCGAGCACGUCGUUCGUGGGUAUAGGGAACUCCAAAUCUUUUUCCCCGGCGAAACUAAAGCAUACAAAGCUAGAGUCCUGAGGCACGACCCAACAAUAGACCUUGCUUUAAUUUCCUUUCUCCCCGACGGCGAUUGCCUUCAACGUCGUGUCCCACUGAGGUUUGCGGACCUAAAUGCUCCACUAAAUUGUGGGGCAGUUCGGAUGAUAGGAUACCAUCAGGUUCCACAAGGCCGCCUUCUGAGCCCAGGAGUGUUCGACGGCAACCUCACGGUCCAAGAGGCCGACCAGACAGACGAUCCUGAAAUGAAAUUGAGGAGCAUCCAGUUUCUUAAUUGUAAUUACGCGUCCGAGCCUGGCACGUCAGGAGGCCCUAUUCUCAAGGGGAAUAGGGUUGUUGGGGUAAACUCUGAUUCUUUUGGAGGACACAAGUUUUCCAUCUCUGUCAUAGGUGUAUGCAACACACUGCGGAGGUGGCUUAACAUGGAAAAUAGCGGUGUUGGAAUCGAUGACAUGCUAGCAAUGCUUGCUCGGGAAUGAAGAAUCUAGCAGGACUGGUGAAAACUGCAUCGUCGGAGGCAACAUGAGAAGGUUCCAUGAGCACGGUUGCUCACUAAUAACGCAUGACCCAGGGGUUGUAGUUCUAGUGCACUCUACCACUAGUAUGUUUAGUUUGAUUUCUGGAUAUUUAGUAUUAUCAUUUGUAAUAUGUGCGUCUUUGUCAUGAUGUAACCCAUGAGCGUAUGUUAUGUAUAGUUUUAAUGUUC